AAAAUGGCAGUCUCCGUGCUCAAACGUCUUUUAACUUAUGGCGAUAAUAUCUUUGAAUUCAAUAUGAAAUAUCUUAUGUUAGUUGGAUUAUGGCAUAGUGAAAAUUGGACUCGGAAUCAAAAACUUCUUUACAAAAUCUAUGAUAAUACCUUGGACGUUUUGGGUUUAAUAUAUCUUACGCUAACGACUAUUGGUAUACACGAAAGCAUGGACGAUAUAACAGCUGCCCUUGCAGGCGUAGAUAAAUCCCUCGUCGCUUACAAUUUCAUGUUAAAAAUUAUUGUAUUUCACUUCAGGAAGCAUCAAUUGAGGAAACUUGUUAAAGAAAUUAUCGCAUCAGGCGACGUGGUGCCAGAGGAACACAAAAUUUUAGUAGCAAAACUGAGCUUGGCAACAACAAUUAUUACUACUAUAAUUGUCACAAUUUUCACAGGUAUAUCGGUGAUGGCUGGAGAGUUGCCUGCGAAGGUCUGGUUGCCUUUCGACACUUCAAAGAAUUUCAUGAACCUUUUGGCAGGUGUUCAAAUUUGCUUAGUAACAUUCGGAGUCCCAAUCUGUUACAGAGGUCUUGCUUUAAAAUGUUUUGUUAGCACUAUGAUUUUUUAUUUAAGAGAUCAACUUAUAGAUUUGCAAGUCAAGUUCAAAGAAUUGGAUAAUUUCAAAGACGCAGAAGAGGAAGUGCGAACAUAUUUCAAGAAAAUAGUGAAAAAACAUAUUCGUUUGAUAAGGUAUUCCAAAACGAUAGAUAAUCUUCUAAGAGAAUAUUUCUUGAUACAAAACCUGGCUAUAACAAUAGAAGUGUGCAUGAAUUCGGUUACCCUAACUUUGAUCGGAUUCAGUCAAAAAUCUCUGGCAAUAAAUUUUAUCGCAUUCCUUAUUAUGGCUUUGAUUCACGCAUUCGUAUAUUGCUACUUGGGAGAUGAAAUUAUAGAACAGAGUAAAGGCAUAUCGCUUGCUGCUUACAAUACAAGCUGGACUUCGUGGCCCGUCGACAUGCAAAAAGACUUGCUGACAGUCAUCAUAGCCGCUCAAAGCCAUUUCAAGCUGACUGCUGGUGGUAUGGCGGUGAUGUCACUAGAGACGUAUGCGCAGACGCUGUACAACGGGUAUUCUAUCUUCGCAGUUUUGAUCGAUGCUGUUAAUUAGACGGGCGGUUUUAUUACUUUCCUUGUAGUAUCUUUAGAGAUUCGUGCAAUAUUUAUUUUCUCUUAUACGAUAUAACUAAAUGUGCUUAUUUAUUGCUUAUUCACUGAAAUGCUAUUUAGACUAGUUAUAUAAGUUUUGAGUUUUGUAAAACUUAAUUGCAAAUUGCUACAGCGAUUUCUCUUUAUUUGUCAUAUUAAAAAAAUGUGUAUAAAAUAUGAUUCGUGCUAUAUUCAGGAAAGUGCUUCUGUAAUGAAAUAAGUGACUGACUCAACUAAUUUGAUAGCAUUAUGCAAACAACAAUUCUACAAGCCAUCCAAAAAACCCAAACUCUUGGAAUAUUCUUAACCCUGCUCUUCAUAAAUUACUUAUUAGCGAAACCAUUCAAAUUUAGACAACUAAAGUACAGCCACGCUACGAUAAUAAUUUGUAUAUAAGAACAUUGUACGUUAGAGAAUAACUCAAUGAGAUAAAAAGGAUUUUGAGUUGGAGCCACACAGCAUUGGACCUUCAACAUAAAGUAGGUUUACCAAUAAGUUUAAAU